GAACGAGUUUUUCAUGCAAAAGAUAAGUUUCUAUGUUUUCAUAAACAAGUUCUAUGCUGUUUUUUCUCAAAUAUUUUUCACUGGAUAACAGGUGAAGAAAGUCGCAAUAUCACCAUUGCGUUGGAAAUGUUUUCUCAUGUAAAUAGAAAUAAUAGAUAGCAAAUGUAUCGUUUAUUUGUGUUUUUAACAUAUUAUUGUUCUAGCUACAUAGAAAAAAAAAUUGAAAUGAUUAUCUAAAACAAAAAAAUAUAUACCUUUAAGAAACAUUUGAGUAGCAAUAAAAAUUAGUAAAACAAUUGUUUUUUUUAUCAUACCAUCAUAUUUUUCAUAAUCAUAAACAAUCAUAUCUACAAUUGUCAAUUCACUUUCAACUAGGGAUAAUGAUAGUCAUGUAACACGAACUUCAUGAUGAAGAAUAACAAUAUUGCGUUGAUUAGAUUCAUAAGAUAAACUUUUAGAUAAAUAAGCACAUAAUACAUCAAGUGGAUUGAAAUAUUUUUUACUGUUUAACAAUAAUAGAACAAAGUUGUUUAUUUAUAGAUACAGUAUGUUUUAAUCUUACUAAGUCACAUAUUAAAUCUUUCUAUAUAAGAUCAUCAUUAGAUUGUAAAUUUAAAUAUUAUUGAUCAUUAAAUAAAUCGAGAUGAAUUGAUUCAAGUAGAUUUUGAUAAAAGUUCUUUCAAAUAAAGUACUUUCUCAAUAAAAUGUUUUUCUUUUCAUUUUACUUUAUAAUUUAAGGUUUCUCGAAGUAUUGUUGUACUGCAUUCAUUUUCCAUUAUAGUACUAUUAGAUUCAUAUUUGACAAUCUAAUUUUAAAAAUAAAAUAAUUAGACUUUUUAAUGACACUUUUUACUUUACUUUUAUUUAAUACUAAGUUGAAUUGAGUACAAUUUUAAGAGUAUUACGAGGAGAAGAACUAGAAAAAGAAAAAGAUUUUAUAAAUUUGAAAAUUUCAGAUCUUUUUUUAUAUCUAAAUAUAUAUUCUAAUCGAUAUAGAUAAUACUGUGAAAAGCAACAGAAUUAUUAAAUAUACAAGAUAUUCAGGUAAGAAUCUCGAUUCAUUUGAUCAUCCCAAUGGUUUUAUAUCAAUUCAACUAUCGAAAUGAUAUACAUCUAUUAGAUAUUUUUGAAUAAGUUUAUUUUCUCUUCCUAAUUAUUUUUUAGUUUGUUUUUAUUUUUAUUUUUAUUUGACGUUUCAGAUGGUAAUACCGUCCUUCUUCAGAAGAUAAUAUACAAAUGGAGUUGAGAAAUUUCUUUACAUAUACGCGCAUAGUUAGAUUUGUUUAUUUCUUUCUUUUUAUUUAAUAGUGGUACGGACCAGAGCUGCCGGUCUGCUCUGUCGCCUGACAGGAAACAGGCCAGGCUACCAGGCCUGAUCAGGUCGAAAAUUUUUUGGCUUGACCAGCAGGCAGUCCAGGCUAAACUUCGUUGCCUGGGUCAUUUUAUUUGCAAUUUUUUCAGUAGUCAUAUUGAAAAUGGUGAUGGCGCCACAAACUAGUGAUUUCACACAUUUAAUUCACGAGUUAUGAUUGGCGAGCAAUCUAUUGGUUCAAAAUAGUGAAUGAGUAAAUAGAAUAAUAGAAUAAAUAAAUAAAACAAAGAGUACAGUAAUAUUCACGAAACUUUUAUUUCAAAAUAUUCGAAUAUCAAUUUUUUUUCUUUUAAAACACUCAUUUUCUUUCCUUUAUAUUUUUUAUAGGUAUUCGUAUAGAUGAAAGAAUGUCAACCGAUGAUAUUCAUAUUUUAUCAUCUUCGUCUGAUUCACCUAUUUUAAUAUCAUCAAAUUCUUCAUCAACAUCAUCAAAUCAAUCGUUAUCAUCAUCAUCCGUAGAACUGACUUCAUAUUCAAGUGAACGUAUUUAUUAUUUAUUAAAAAAUGAAAAACAACAAUAUACUAUUAUCAAGAAUAAAGUUUCACCACCUGUUGGUUCUUAUUGGUCUAUAUUUGGUUUUCCAGCUAAACUUAACAAAAAACCGAUUUGGAAUGAUAUUCGUCCUGUUUCUACCAUUGAAGAUGAUGGGCUUCGAGCACUUGUUCAAGAAUGUAUAAGAUUAGGUAUGGAUGUUUUAUAUUUAGUAUGUACUAAAUGCAUUUUUUUAGGUAGUAUUUAUGGUAAUAUUGAAGUUAAUGAUAUUCUUCGUUGUCGUUCAACAAUUUCUAGUCAUAUUCAAAUUGUGACUGAAACCUGUCGUGCACGUAAUAAAAAAUUUUUGGAAGAACCCUACAAAAAUGGGUGCUUAUCAAUAUCACCUGAUUUUUACAAAAAAACUGGUGAAAAUAUAUUAAUUGUAAUGUUAUUUUUUUACCAAUAA